GUCAUCUCAAUUUUAAUUUUGAAUCACGUGAGCCUUUAGAACGCGUUCUUUUUCUCUUCCUUUUCUUUUCAACUGCACCCCAUUUUACUCUGCCUGAUGACUAUUUGGGUGUAAAAUCUCAUUGGGCCCCUUUCCCAAAAGAAAAAUUUAUCUCUUUUCUGUUUUCCCGUUUCUUUGCAUCCGUCGAUAAAAAGAGAAAUGGCAAUAAAAACAAUCAUAGCCAAUGUGCCACCUUUAACAAAAUCGUUAAUGACAGCCGUCAUCAGUUUCUCCCUGGCUGCCUAUAUUUAUGUGUACAGAUUACGAUCAGAAGCAGACAUCGAUACAAUACCCUUAAAUAUAUGCCCAUUUAUUGGCUUAAUACCCGGAUUUGCCUUUUACGCACCAUGGACUUUGUUGACCGCUUUUUUAUACGAAGAUAAUCUAUUAUCGCUCCUCUUCAGUUUAGUAGUUAUUCUGUUUUGCGGAAAAUACUUGGAAAGAGUUUGGGGAUCCAAAGAAUUACUGAAAUUUAUAGUGGUGGUGGGUUUGACAACCAACGUGAUCACUUGGGUGGCGAUACUGCUUACUUAUUAUCUGUCAGCAAACGAUGCCUAUUUAUAUCAACUUCAAAUCAAUGGCAUGGCUGGCGUGUUUUCAGGCUUCUUAGUAGCUUUUAAGCAUUUAAUACCUGAGUAUCGUAUUGCCAUCAUGGGCGGUAAAAUAUCCAUACGUGUCAAGAAUCUGCUGGGUGUAGCCACUCUCGUCAGUAUUCUAAGCCUUGUCUUGUUCAAAGCCAUGGUCUUUUAUAACCUUGUCAAUCUUGGCUGGCUCGUGGCUUGGGUUUAUAUUCGUUUUUUCAAAUACCAAGACGGUCUUCAGGGUGAUCGUAGUGAAGCCUUUGCCAUUCAAACCUUUUUCCCAGAGUUUUUACAUCCCAUUGUCUUGUUGAUCUCCAAUACCGUCUAUGGUAUUUUGGUGAAAUUCAGACUAUGUAGACCAGGACCACGAUCCUAUCAUGAUGUAGAAUUAGGCAAUUUAUUAAAUCCAAUUCCUGGAUCUGCGCGUGCAGAAGCAGAAAGAAGAAGAGCAUUGGCAUUAAAGGCAUUGGAUAUGCGUUUAUCACACAAAGGAUCAUCCAACAAUGCAUCCCAAGCUGCUUCAUCAACGGCCACAACAACAGCAGCAGCAGCAACCUCCCACGAGGCACCUUCAUUAGCUCGACCAGAAACCAUUCUUUUCGACGCAGAGACAGGAAGCAUUAGUAAAUCAUCACCUCCAUCAUCACCUGUCAUGACGCCAUUCAAUAGUGUAACCAUUCCUACCCACAAAGAUUAAAUCAUGCUUGUUGUUGUAGCUUUAGACACAAAGCCUUUUUUUCUUUAAAAUGAAUGUGCCUGCAGGAAGCAAAUGAUAUCGAUGUACAUUAUGUAAAAUGCAAGAAAAAAGUAAAAAAGAGUGACUUUCUUUUUUUCUUGCCUCGUUUGCAUGUGAAUGGUUUGCUCGUCAAAGUGGAAAAAAAAAAAAAAAAAAAAAAA